GUAGAUACGGAUUGACGGAAACGUUUGCUGUGUAUUUUUAUUAUUAUUUAAGGGGGAUUACUUGUUUAUUGACGCGUUAUAUCUUAGUUUCGACGCUAAUAUACCGUUUCCCUAUAAAUAAUCUUAUUUCUCAUUUCUGUGUUGUGAAUAUGUGGUAAAACCGCCAAAAUGAGGCGAGGUCAUUCUGGCAUCGGUGGAUGGCGGAAUGAAAAUCCAAGACAUUUUUGGCCUCGCGGAGGCGGUGUGCCUCGGCAUGGACCUCCCCAACAAUACCCUCUACUAGACCUACCCGCCAAAUAUGGGGGGCCAAGAUUGAACAGAGGAGGACAUUACAAUCCUCACAUGGGACCAAACCAUCGAAUGCGAGGAGUUGACCGUCGAUCAUUUGGACCGCACGAUAAUCGGCCUCGAUUUCCAGGGCCCACUGACCGCUAUAACUAUCAACCGCCCCAUUUAAGAAAUGAUGACACCAGUGAUAAUUACAAAAAUUUGGUCAGUUACUGUGAGACCAGAAAAAAUGACCAGCGUCACAUUAAUAGUAUGGGUGAUGUCGACCACAGGCAAAACUUUAAUUCGCCUCAUACUCCUGGGAAACAUCCUAUUUCACCAUGGGCUAACCCUCCAACUGAAGAUAGGAGGGCUAGUUACGAUGACAGAGGUCACAGACGACCAAGCCAGUACCAUGACAAUGUGGACGGGAACAUUAUUCCCAAUUUUACAAGCCAUAGACCACCUUCAUCUGACCAUUACGGAACAAAUGUAGCCUCGGCUAUAGACAACUCGAAUUCAUUCAGCCGCUCUGUUGAUGACACUGUAGAUAUUGUCAGAAGAAGGCUAUUAAAUCGGAAUGAAUCUCAUAACAAUACAGAUCCUCCUCCUGAUCAGAAUCCGAGGACAGACUCCGAGGCAGCGUCAACCACCUUAUACCAAAGUGAACCACAGACACCUCCAACCAGAAAGAGGAUACAGAGACGAAGACAGAACACCCAGUCUAAUUGUGAUAAAAUAAAAAACAAAAUUGUUCACCAAUUGUUCAAAAUGGACAAGGAAAAACUUAAUAAGUUGAUGGACAAUCCAAAUUCAUCUUCCAAGUUUGAAUAUGCCAUUAGCAGUCUUAUAACAGAGUCUCAAAACAGCUUGGACAGACAUUUGAGGUCUGUUGCAGAGAAGUCACUAUGUAGCUCAAGUGCAGAGUUUAUACACGAUGACAACAACACUAUUUAUGAAGAUACAUUUAUGAAACAAAUGCAGUGUAUCCUAGAACCUCAGGAUACAGUUUUGCUAGAAGAUAUCAAGCCGCUGGUAAUGGCAGAGUUAAACAAAGUUCUGCAACUAGACGAAUUUGAUCAAAGAUUUGAAAGAGGUGACGAAGAUCCUAAUUACUACCCAUCGGAAGAAUUUGCUAUCAAUACAGACUAUCCUAAUAAUGAUGCAUAUGAUAAUACAGAUUUCAGUAACGAUGUACUGCCAAACUACCCUGAAGAAGAAAACCACUCUUACUAUGAAGACAGGCAGUUUUCACCAACCAAUUUUCCUGAGCAAGACACUCCAGAAAAUCCAAGGGGGCGUGAGCAAAACGAGCAGUACAACUAUGACGAGCCUGCUAAAUUAUUUGAAAGAAGAGCUGCCAGAAAGAGUUGUGACUACAGCCAGCUCAAGAAGCAAAGUGCUGAAAGUCGCCAUCAAAUGAGACGCAGCAUUGAUGAAGAACGGAAUAGGUUUAAUGAUGCAAGACGUAAGCUAGUGACUCCACCACCAGUGUUUGAUGCAAACGUAGAGCAGCUCUCUGAAGAGGAAGAUCCUUUCGCAGACUUAGACAAGCAGUAUCAUGUUGCUGUUGACCACAAUUUUAUUGAAGCCGAAUUGGACAAACAAUACAUGGCUGCUAAUGAGAAAAACCUUGUCAGGAAUGAGAAUGAAACAAAAGUAGAACUAAUAAGCCCUGUGAAAGAUAUUCCACCAAACAAACCUGUUAAAAAGGAAGUUUUGCUUAGCCCGGAAAUAGAUCCAGCUUCAAUAAAAAAGGAAAUUGAUAACCAGUUACUGAAUAUUGCUAAAUCACCCUUAAAAUUAUCUUCUUCUACUAAUAAAGCACGGAGGAGUCAUAGAAGGAGUCAUUCAAAAAGCGAAAAGAAAAAAGAUGACAGUGAUGUGUCCAUACAUGACACUAGUCAAGGCAAAGAUGAUGAUCAAGAAUUGAAUACUGAGAAUAUAAAGCAUGAAUACAAUCCAGAGGUUACAGACAGCCAAGAAAGUUUAAAGUCAGAAAACUCUAAUACAGUCAAGUCUACUAUUGCACCAAAUUCUCGAAAAAGAUCCAUUGAUCAAAAGCCUUCUCAUCGAAAAGAAAAGCGGAAAAAGAGUGAUGUCAGUCCUGAAGCUAAUAAACAGAUAUUAAAUAAAAAUAUUAUCAUAAAUGUAAAUGAUUGUGGAGCAAAGUCCACAGAAAAGAAAUGUGAUGCGGCUAAGUCCAUAUUCAAUUUAUUUUUCUCUAAGGACGAAAGUGGAAAAGAGUUACCAAAAGAUGGUAAAACUGUUGAAUCCAGUGAUAAAGCUUAUUCAGAUAAAUAUGUGAAGAGGAAAGAAACACCAAAAAAGAAAGAUAGUGGAGAUAAGAGGAAACGAUCCUCAAACAGUCAUUCCAUUGUUAGCCCUGUAGAUACCAAUAAUAGUUCUAGUGAAUCACAACCCAAAACGGAGAGUAAGAAUAAGCUUAAGACAAUAGAUAUGUUUCUGACUCAUCCAGUUAAAGUCUCCAAUGUUCACCAAGCACGUAGAAAUACAGCACAAGCACCAGCUUCUAAAAAAGAAGAUAAUAUUGACAAAAAUACACCAGAAUCUACCAAGGUGAUCAAACGAAAUGUGGGGACACAAAUGAUUCAUAAAUCACGUAAUAAAGAAACACAGACAACUUUGUCCAAAAGUUCAGUAUCAAGACUAUGCCAAACAGAUGUUAAAAAAUUGGCAACAAGAGCUACUCAAACAGAUCCUGUUGUUAUCGAAAAGUCGCAAAUAAAAUCUAGUGACACCUUCGAGAGGAUGAAAGAAAUUGAUCUCGAAAUACAAGUAUUACUACAAGAGAAGUUUAAACUGUACAAUUCUAUUGAGACUAAAGAAUCAUGUUCUAAUGCUAUGCAGAAUUUGGGUAUGACUGUUUUAAAUGUUACUCCUAAUGAAGAUGGUAAGGAUGACACUAAUGACGAGGGCUUAUCAGAAGACGUCAUAGUGGAUAAUUUUACCAAUAUUCCAGUGGAAGAAUUAGAACAAAUUGCACUUGAGAGUGUGCAAGAUGUAACCAUUGAAUCCCCUAAAAAGACUAAACGAAGUCAACGUCGAGCAGCGUCAGAGAGGCAACGGAAAAGCUCCCAAAGUCCUACUGUUCGCAAUAAAAGCAAUAAGAAAUCAGCUGCUCCCAACAUAUCAUUGAUUGAGCAGAUUAUUACCGAUGACCGGCCUUUAGAAGAUAUCAUAUCCCUUGAUGAUUUUGAAAAUCCGGAGGAAGCCCCAGUCACAAAGAAAAGCAAAUCUAAAAAGGCAAAAUCUAAAGCUAAAAAACAGCCGCCAAAGAAAACUAAAUCUACCAAGCCUGCUGUCAAUCUCACUGAUUUCACAUUAAAAGAAUGCCAAGUAGUUUUAACUAGAGAGGAUUUCAGCAAGUACCUUUCUAGAUCUGGGAAAUCAGAUGAACCACCAAAAGAGCCUGUUAUAAUAAAAGAUGAGACACAACACACGAAAGAUGAGAAAGUUAAUGAACCUGAAACUCAAAAAGUGGUAAUAGAAGUGCCAGAUGCAGUAGAACAGACAGUUGAUCCUACUGACAUGUUAGACAUGUUAGAUGUAUCGGAAGAUAUAGUUAUCGGGGACAAUUGUGAAGUUAAGUCAGGAGGGAAGGAGACGGAGAGAGUUUCGAUAGGUGAUGACAUAAUUGUGGAUAACAGUCAGUCGUCGUCAGAUGAUGUGGUGGUGGUAGAGGGGCAAUGUGAGGAUGAGUGUAAGAUGUUCGACUAUUCGUCAGAUGAGGCCCUGAAGCGGGAAUCUAUCACGGUCACUGGAAAUGCUGAUGCUGUGCUUGCAAUAGAGGCCAUAGACAACAACUUCGUAGCAGCAUGCCUAGACGGCAACGUGUAUCAUUUCAACAGCGAAGGUCAACUGUUGACCACAUUGCGAGGGUCAAACUUGGCGGUCACGUGUCUCAUCAUCGUCAAGGAGAAGUACGGGACCACUGUGUACACUGGCUCUCUGGACUCGAGGAUUCGGUACUAUGAUUUAGAGACUGGGUUGGAGAAGGGUCCAGAGUGCAACGUGCUGAGCCCCAUCCAGACCAUGGACCGCGCGUGGGACACCGUGUACGUGGGCACCAGAACGGGGUUCGUCACGCAGUAUGAAUGCAAGAACAACAUGCUAAUACCGCGGAGUACGAUGAAAUUCUCUGAGCAGUCUAUUCUAGCCCUUCGCGCCCUGAAGGAGGGCCCACGGAAGGUGUUGCUAGUAGCCGCGCGUUCCGAAAACGUGACAAUCAAGGACGCCCAAACCGGACUCCUCAUGCGGACUCUAGAGGGUCCACGCAUGACGGUGUACACACUCGUGUUCGAGGAGGGCAAGGUCUACUGCGGGACCUCCAGCCACCAGAUACACGUGUUCGACUAUAAUAGCGGGUCGCACUGCGGCACGCACUCGGGCGGCAAAGGUGCGGUGUGCCUGAGGGCCACGGGAGGCCUGAUCUUCGCGGGCUGCUACGACGGCUGCGUGUACGUGUACCGCGAGGGCGGAGCCCGGCCGCUGGCGCAGCUGCGCGGCCCGGGGCUCAUGCUGCUGUCGCUCGCCGUCGUCGGCACCAAGAUUAUCGCCGGAUACAAGGACAGGAGUUUGUACAUAUGGAAGAUACCACUUAGCAUACUAAAAGAAAUGAUUUUGUAAAUUCUAUCGUCUACCAUACUUAGUGUUGUAGAUGUUUUGCACUGUUUUAACUGUGUGUUAGGUUAUUUUAGUUACGGGAACAUGUAUUUACUUUACUAGAUCGUAAUGUUUUAAUUAAAGUUUAAUUAAAAUGUUAAUUGGUUUUAAUGUAUUUGUUUUAUUUAUAAGAGGAGUAAUAUUAAAAAUUUGCUAUU